AUGGCAUCUCCCAGUCUUACAUUAUCUCCAACUUCUGCUCCUAAUGCUACAGUUACCUCUACUGCUGCUCCAUCUACUGCUUCUAAUGGUACAGCCACUCCAAACACCACUGCAUCAACAAAUCCACCUUCAUCCAGUGAGGGAACCUUGGGUCUUCAGUUCAGCCUCAACCAAACGUUCACAUCAGAUCUCUCCAACCCAUCAUCACAAGCAUAUCAAAAUUUAGCUGCAAAUGUGACUGCAGAGGUGAACACAGCGUGCCAGAGGCUCUAUGGAUCAGCUUUCAUUCGUUCCAAUGUUACUUCAUUCACGAAUGGAUCGGUGGUUAGUAAUAUGGUUCUCACGUUUGAAAAUCAAAGCUCAGUGCCUUCAACAAGUAAUGCUACUUCACAGCUCAGUACUGAACUUACCAGCAACUCUUCCUCCCUGAACAUUGUACCAGGCAGUCUUACUGCAACUUCCACUUCUGCUUCCACUGCGGCACCUACUGUUACAACUGCCCCGACUGCAGCUGCUAACACAACAGCUGCAACGACUGCAGCCUCUAACACAACAGCUGCAACGACUGCAGCCUCUAACACAACAGCUACAACGACUGCAGCCUCUAACACAACAGCUACGACUGCAGCCUCUAACACAACAGCUACAACGACUGCAGCCUCUAACACAACAGCUACGACUGCAGCCUCUAACACAACAGCUACGACUGCAGCCUCUAACACAACAGCUACGACUGCAGCCUCUAACACAACAGCUGCAACGACUGCAGCCUCUAACACAACAGCUACGACUGCAGCCUCUAACACAACAGCUACGACGACUGCAGCCUCUAACACAACAGCUACGACGACUGCAGCCUCUAACACAACAGCUACGACUGCAGCCUCUAACACAACAGCUGCAACGACUGCAGCCUCUAACACAACAGCUACGACUGCAGCCUCUAACACAACAGCUACGACUGCAGCCUCUAACACAACAGCUACGACGACUGCAGCCUCUAACACAACAGCUACGACUGCAGCCUCUAACACAACAGCUGGAACAACUGCAGCCUCUAACACAACAGCUACGACUGCAGCCUCUAACACAACAGCUGGAACGACUGCAGCUUCCAACACGACAGUUGCUGCAACGACUGCAGCUUCAAACACGACAGUUGCUGCAACGACUGCAGCUUCCAACACGACAGUUGCUGCAACGACUGCAGCUUCUACUACAACAGCAGCCACGACUGCAGCAACAGACCCUCCUACAUCCAGCGAGGGAACUCUUGGACUGCAGUUUAGUCUCGACCAAACAUUUACAAGCGAUCUCAGCAACCAGUCCUCGGCUGCUUUCCAGGCUUUAGCUGCAACAGUGGUUACUGAGAUAAACACAGUGUCUACAACACUCUUUGGAACAUCAUUCCUUCGCUCCAUAGUUAAUUCAUUCUCGAAUGGAUCAGUGGUUACCAAUAUGACUCUCGUGUUCCAAAAUCAAAACUCAGUUCCUGCAUCAGGCACUGCAACUACACAGCUGAGCACUGCACUUACUAACUCUACUUCCCUGAAUGUAAUAGCAGGCAGUGUUACUGCAGAGUCAACAUCAACAUCAAGCAGUCCUCCUCGCCCCACAGUGGGCACACUGGCAGUCUUUUCACUAGCACUGCUGGCUGUGACACAAAUGCUGAUCGACUUAUAGCCGGAAGCUGACGCAGAUACACUGACCUGACCGAAGGUUUUUACUGUCCUAUCAAAUGAAGAAAAAGGCAUAUGCUAACGAACAAAAAAAAGAAGACAUAACAGGUGUGCAUUAUGAAAUUUACCAAUGCAAUGUCAUGUGGUAAAAAGAAGUGUGCUGUGUGUCUAAAGUUCAGAUGGUUUUAUAGUAU